AUGCCGUCUAUGGCAAAGCCACGAAACGACCCCUCAGAUGUGUUGAAACAGAUCGUGACCUCGUCGUCAGACACCGACUAUGUAGAUCAACUGAUUCCGUCACUACGGGAGGCCAGCUACAGCAACAAGACUUCGCGUCUUCUCGGCGUCCUCUCCGAAUUCGCGGCAGGCAGGGAGGCUGAGAUCGAGCGACAGUGCAACACUAAUCAUCAAGAAUUCGUGAACUCCGUGAACCAGCUCUUGCGUAUCCGAGAGGGGACCGUCAAUCUCACAAAUGAGAUCCUUGAUCUCAAUCAGUCGAUUCAAAGCAGCACGGAGAAGCUCGUUGACCAAAAGAAAGCCCUCGUGGAAUCUCGCGGCGUUCGACAGAACAUCAACGAAGCGAACCAGGCUCUGCAGGACUGUCUGGAGGUGCUCCGCCUGGCGAAUCAAGUCCAGGAGUUGCUAGAUAAGAAGCAGUACUAUGCUGCUUUGCGGGCGUUGGAUGAAUUGCAAAGCGUACAUCUGCGCAAUGUGAGCCACUACAAGCUCAGCGAGAUUAUUCAGCAGUCUGUUCCCGAGACUCAGAAAAAGAUCGCCAAUGAGGUCAUGAAAGAUCUCAACACCUGGUUGUUCAGGAUCAGAGAGAUCUGCCAAUACCUUGGGGAGCUGUCAUUCUAUCACACAGAUCUGCGCAAGCAACGUCAGAAGGAACGGGCUGAGAAGACGCCCUACCUCAACCAAUUCAAGCUCAAUUCGGCAAUCGAGUUAGUGGCAGACGAAAGCGAGGAGUAUGACCUACUCAAGAAUGACGAUCUUGAGAUCGACUUCACGCCUCUGCUGGAGGCUCUUCAUAUCCACCGCUCCCUCGAUAUGAUGGACACGUUCAAGGCCGAUUACGCUACAAACCGCAAGGGACAGCGGGAUCUCAUCCUUGCAGAGUCCGUCACGCUUAUGGAAGAAGAUCUGUCCUCAUUGCAUAACAUGCUCGAGAACGUUGCGGCUUCGCCAUCAUGGAGAGAGCGACCAUGA